CUCAAGUGCACUAAAUAUAAAUAUAUUAUAUUUAUGACUCUUUAACACUUGUUGCUAAUGCUGCACCAAGUCCAACAUCGCACUGGUGCACCUCAAAGCGAUUCCCGUUUCGAAACUCCCCGAGAAAAAGCGAUUCCAGAUUCCGGGCUCCAGAGUGAUUGAUGUGAAAAAAAUGGGUUCCAAUCUGGAAUUAGUGCCAAUUACGCCACUAAAACGCGACCCGGCAUGGAAGCAUGUUCAGAUGUUUAAGAGUGGGGAGAAGGUGCAGAUGAAGUGUAUAUAUUGUCUCAAGAUGUUCAAAGGUGGUGGGAUUUAUAGGAUUAAGGAACACCUUGCUUGUCAGAAAGGCAAUGGAUCCACUUGCAGCCAUGUCCCUCAUGAUGUUAGGCUUCAUAUGCAGGAGGUCUUGGAUGGGGUUGGGGUGAAGUCGAGGAAGAAGCGGAAAAUUGGGGAUGAGAUCGUGAAUGUUAGUCCUCUGGCUGCUUCUGCUGCUGCUGUUGCUGCUAACAGAAUUGUCAAUCUGGUGGAUGUGAAUCAGGGGUUUGAGUCCAUUGGAGUGCAGAGUCCAGUGGAACAUAAUGCAAGUCCGGCAGCGCAUCCUGAGGAAGGAAAUGGUAAAAUUGUUGAAAGAAGGAAGAAAAUAAGAGCCAGCAGGAAUAAAGCACCAAUUUAUACGGACACUGAGGGUGCUGUUGCAAUUGAGGAAACUGCAUUGGUCCCAAAAAGGACAGACAAUCACAUUCAUAUGGCAAUAGGUCGGUUUUUGUAUGAUAUUGGUGCACCUUUUGAUGCUGUGAACUCAAUCUAUUUCCAGCAAAUGGUUGAAGCAAUUGCUUCGGGGGGCUCAGGUGUUCAAUGUCCCUCUCAUCAUGAACUUCGGGGUUGGAUAUUGAAAAACUCUGUGGAAGAAGUGAAGAAUGAUAUAGACAGGUGCAAGAUGACAUGGGGGAGGACUGGCUGUUCAAUUUUAGCUGACCAAUGGACUACAGAAACAGGUAGAAUACUGAUGAGUUUUUUGGCAUAUUGUCCUGGAGGCAUAGUCUUUUUGAAAUCCUUGGAUGCAACCGAGAUUUCGACUUCUGAAGAAUUUCUAUAUGAGUUGAUUAAACAAGUAGUAGAAGAAAUUGGAGUUGGGCAAGUGGUGCAAGUGAUUAUGUCAGGAGAAGAACAAUAUACUGCUGUUGGGAGCCGGCUAACUGACACUUUUCCUUCCCUUUAUUGGAGCCCAUGUGCUGCUCAUUGCAUUGAUUUGAUACUUCAAGAUUUUGGAGAUCUUGAGUGGAUUAGUAUAGUGAUUGAACAAGCUAAAUCUGUAACAAGAUUUGUCUACAAUUAUAGUGCAAUUUUGAAUAUGGUUAGAAGGUAUACAUCAGGGAAUGAUAUUGUGGAUCCCUCUUUCUCACGCUUUGCUACAAACUUUACCACAUUGAAACGAAUGGUUGAUCUUAAAUACAAUCUACAGGACAUGGUCACUUCUCAGGAGUGGAUGGAUUGCCCAUAUUCAAAGAAAACAGCAGGCUUGGAAAUGUUAGAUUGCCUAAGCAAUCAAACAUUUUGGUCAUCAUGUGACAUGAUCGUUCGUCUAACAGCUCCUCUCUUGAGACUUCGGAGAAUAGCUGCUAGUGAGAUGAGGCCUGCAAUGGGAUACAUUUAUGCUGGAAUGUACCGGGCAAAAGAAGCAAUUAAGAAGGCACUUGUUAAGAGGGAGGAGUAUAUGGUGUACUGGAAUAUCAUACAUCAUAGAUGGGAAAAGUUGUGGCAUCAUCCCCUUCAUGCUGCAGGCUUCUACCUUAAUCCAAAGUUCUUCUAUAGAAAUCAAGGGGAUAUACCUAGUGAGAUUCUCUCAGGGGUGUUUGACUGCAUCGAGACGUUGGUACCUGAUACAAGAGUCCAAGAUAAAAUUAUGAAAGAGGUAAACUUAUACCAGACUGCUGCUGGAGACCUAGGGAGAAAGAUGGCAGUCAGAGCUAGAGACAAUAUGCUUCCUUCUGAAUGGUGGUCAACAUAUGGAGCAGGCAUCCCUAACUUGUCACGUUUAGCAAUUCGUAUUCUCAACCAAACAUCCAGUGUGAUGUCCUGCAAGAGAAACCAGAUUCCUUUUGAACAAAUAAUGAAUACAAGGAAUUAUAUAGAGCGCCAACAUCUUACGGAUCUUGUCUUUGUUCAUUCCAACUUACGAUUAAGACAAAUUUAUAUGAGUAAAGAACAAGAUUCUAGGGAUCCCCUGUCAUUUAAUAGCAUUGGUAAUGUUGAAGACUGGAUCAGGCCAAGGGAUUUGGAGUUAGAAGAGUAUGGUAACUCGGACUGGAUGGAACUGGAUCCAUCUUCUGUUAACACAAUGCUUUUACAGCCUUUGAAUGAUGAAGCUGAAGAGUUGGGUGAAGGGUUUGAUGAUCAUGAAAUUUUCAGUAGUCAGGAAGACGAUGAAGAUGAAAACACUGGAGAUAAGUUGGCAAUUAGCGAAUGAUCAAAAGAACCAUGCCUUUACAUGCCAUGAAAAAGAUCAAUGGAUGGAAGAUGCACACACCCAACCAAAAACUCACUUGGGUAGUAAAAACAGUCAAAUGCUUUCUCUGCAGAAAGAAGCUCUUGCCCUGGAAAGACAUCUACAUGUACUAUUACCCUUGCCUUGAUCUUGGGGCUCGUAGCUAGGAAUAGCGGUGUUUGUUUUCAACCAAAAGGACAAUGCACAACACUGAUCAAGUUUUCUUAUGUGAUGCAGUACAUUUGUGCAUAUUUGUCCAGGGGUAUUUAAAAUUACAUUUGGUUAUUGCUGCAUGUUUGAUAUUUUUACCUCUCAAGUGCUGAAUGAAUUAUGAAUCUGAUGGAAAGCAUUUCUCCUAUGAAUUAGGAUACAUUAUUAUAUGCUCUCUUGGGCUCCUGUAAACAUUGACGUGUGGGACUCAAUAAAUUGUUUAAUGCCUCCACAACCAAUAUCUCAUAAAAAGCGUGAACAAAAGUCAUGGAUAGAGAGAGACCCUAACUCUCCUGGAAUCGCACCAAAUAAGACAUUUUUUCUUCUGCCA